UUGAGACUAAAAUAGGAACGAAACACUGAAACGAAAUUUACGUCACGGGAGGAUUCUAAUAAUGGCCAAGAUAAACCUACCUUUUGAAAGUGUCGUUCGGCAGCUAAUGGUAAUCGUGUCCUUGGUCGCAUUACAUUGGGUGACUUUUGUACCCUGAGCUCACAAGUUUGUAUGCAUAGAAUGUAUCCUCGUAUUACGAUGUACGUAAACGAGGAGUGCAUGUUAUGUGCACAAAGAACACCGACCGUCAUUAUAUACAGUAUUAUACUGUUGAUCCAUGAAGGUGACUGUUUACAACUCAACCAGCUUGGGAGGUGCCAUAAGCAGAAGAAACCUAGUCUCACGAUCACGAUGGAACGUCGACCAUCUGCGAACCAAAGUGACAAUCUUUGGAGAAAUUACAAGAAAUUAGAAUACCUCGAGACUUGCCGAGGCGAGAUUUUGGAUGGGGUCCACAGGGAGCUGACCAAGAUCGAUGAAACAGACACGGAAACGAAGAUACGGAGUGAGUCAUUUCAAGGUGUCAAAAAUGAAUCGAACUUCAUGUUCGAGCAGAUUCAUCAAGUCUUUCUUCGUUUGCAAAGUUUGGCAACAUACGACCAGCACCUACUACAUACGUGCGUGAAAAUCGUCGACAGCGAAGAGAGAAAAGACUACAAAUUCACCGAGAAUUCCACAGAGAACGACGGGUCGUUCCUGAAUUCAGAACGGCCCAAGAGAUGGAGGGAGAAAUGCCUGGAGGUCAUGAAGACCGGAGUUUCAAAGAGAGCCUCUGAAACAGCGCCUUCACCUGAAAUCCUUGAGGACAAAGAUGGCAGCCGCCUCCUGCUUCGCCUAACAAAGGCACGGGAUGACAUUCAGAAGGAUUUGGAGCAUGCCAGGAGUCUUAGCAAAGUCUUUACGGAAGAGUGGGACAUGUUGAACACAUAUAUGAUGACUUACUACGAGAACCUGAUGACACUGAUGUAUGACCGGUUUUCAUUCCAUCUGAAUGAUGCAGAAACUGUACAAGUCCUCUCCUGGAUGAUAUGGUGUCGCGAUAGAAUUUUCAACUGCCAAGAUGCCAACUGUAAACCUUGCCGUAUGAUCGUUGAACUUCAGGACAAAUUCCUCAGGGAAAAAAAGGGUCACAUACACGAGUGGAUGGAAAACGCCCUUGAGAGAGAUAUCAAUGACUGGCGAAGCGAAGACGAGCCAAUCGCCGAGCACUCGGGAGCAUUCUACACUCAGUUCCCUCUAGACAUCCUAAAAAUGCUGGAGGAAAACCUAAGACAGGCCAGAGACAUAAGCUGGGAGCUACAUGAACAAAUCUCCAUGCUGUCUCUACAGGAAUUGGACGCCAUCAUGGAAUCCUACGCGGCCAGUGCCAAAGCAUACAUUGGACAGGAGCCCGCCCUCACCGGUAAAACCGCUCACCGCCACUCUCCCAAGCUGCAACUACAGCGGGGCGCACGGAAGAACUCCGACGAACCGAGACCUACCCAUUUCGAGAAAUACGCGGUUGCCCUGCUGAACAACUUCGACAAAAUUGCUUUACGUCUCAAGGAGAUGAUGGAGAUUAGUAAGGCCCAGAAACAGGCAACGGAAAACUGCAGAAACAACAACAACAUGCAGAUGGACGAAGAUCCCACGCAGACUCUCAUACGGAAGAUCAACGCUCAGACAAAAAAGUGUUCUGAGUUGUUGCUGCCGAAACUUUUGGGCGACAUCAAUACAGAACUCAACACACUGUUGACCCAGAAUUGGUUGGCUGGUAACGGUAGGGAAGCAGUAGACACGAUGUGCGAUGUCAUGACAUCAUACUUACGUCAUCUCCGAGAACCAGUGCGUGCGUUGUUGAUGUCAGUGAUAGAGGAAAAACUGGUCGUGGGUUAUUUGGAAGGGCUCAUUAAAAAGAGGAUUCGUUUUGAGGGGCGCAAAAGUGACAGGCUGGCCCUGUUCGAUAAGAUUUGCCGAGAAUGCAGUCGGCUGGAGAAGUUCUUGCAAGAUUUCGGUGCCGUGAACGGAAAUGAAUCUCGCUGGGCUGUGGUGCGCGACUUGGCUGGUUUGGUACAAGUUGACGACCAGCAGACGGCCAUCACAGACCUCAUUGUGCUCGUCAACAAGUACCCGGAUUUAAAGGAGAAGCAUGCUCGGCGUGUACUGAAAGUUCGCGGGGACUUCAGCAAAGCUCAGAUAAAAUCGAUUAUCUCCCAGUCAUUGGGGAAGAAACGUGGAUCGGUCAAAGGAGAGAAGAAGAGGACCAUCUUCUCCGAACUGUCAUUAGCUUAAAGGGGAACUGCCUCGUGUUGUGACGCGACUACCUGAUUGGAGCCAACGAAUCACUGUAUCUAAUGGAUUCUCGUCACUCGCACCUUGUACCAUUCGCGAAUGGUGCAUGCGUAUCCUCCUCCACACGUCCUGCUUUGCCUCGUGGCUUCGCUGUAAAUACUUGUAUAGACGAUGUAAAUCAGUGUGCUGGAAGUUUCCCGUUUGCUCAUGCAGACCCAAAAUACAGCUUCCACAACUCUUCCUUAUUGGCUCGGCUACGGCGAGUUUACCCUCAGCAUAGGGAUUGGAAGUUCAAGGAAAGUUCAAAAUGAACAUAUUCCCGUCUUAAUGUCAAUAAGCAAUUAAUGUUCAUGCGUUGUAAAUCGAAGUAGAACAGUAAAUGGUGCGAAGAAUGUUCUUCGAGCACUGAGUAUACGGUGUUUGUGAAUAUACGCCGGGUAAGGGCAAAAAAACCUUAAUUGAAAGAAUGUUCUUCAAGCACUGAGUAUACGGUGUUUGUGAAUAUACGCCGGGUAAGGGCAAAAAACCUUAAUUGAAAGAAUGUUCUUCCUCUGUUAAAUGCACAAAAAAAGUGCGUGAGAUGUGGUACUGUACAGUUUAUCUACAGAUGAUUGCUGUAAAUUGUAAGUUAUUAUCGUAAAAAAAAGUCGCUGGACAGCUGGACUUCUCAGAGUUUGUGUUGACAUGGUAAGUCUUAACCAACAUGGGCAUUGUUUUGUACCUAAGCCAGAGGUAUCCUUUGUUAUUUGCUUUGCGUGUACAAAGUAACAUGAAUGCGGCAUUACAUGUGUUGUCUUUAUGCACGGAUAUUGAUAUGCAAGCGUAAAGGUAGGCUGUUAUAUUUUAUAAUGUAAUAUCAGCUGAGUUUUGUGGUGCUAUCUACAAAUAUGUAUUUAUGUUAUUUCAGAUUGUAACAUCAAGUUCACUUUGUGUGAUUGUACUCAAUUAAGUCAAUUUCCAAAGAGCUGUGCUGUACAGUAUGCGCAACAGCGCCAAUGAAGCAGCUUGUUUUUAUUUUAAAAAAAUUAUGAGGAUCAUCAACACAAGUGGCAAGUCCUGGACGCUUCGAGGACACAAAGACGAAACUGUGGACUUGUCAUUGUUAUAAGCGACCCCAAGAUGCUACACGCAUGCUCAAGGAUCUUGCUUAACCGGCACAAGCAGUCUUAAAUUAAAAGGGGCAUUUCAACCACGGGCUUAACUUCGGACAAACCAAACGCGCUGCUGUAACCUUUUGCGCGACAUUUCAAACCUCGUGGAGAUCACUUCAUAUCUGACCCUUACUUCGUGCGAACAAAGGAACAACAGCCAGAGUCUUGAAAGUCGAUCUACUCCCUUAAAAGGAACUUUCUGUUUGCAAAAAGGUGAAGACGUUUUGAUCUCUAGAUGGUUACUAAAAUUACUCAUUGGUUACUUGUUUGCUUCAUUGUUUCGUCUAUGUGAUCAUGUAACUCACUUUUUCUCAUGUUAUGAAAUAACAUUCUAGACACGAUUUAAUAUUUAUGAUUAGCAAUCGGUGGAGAUUGACUAAUGAAGAGUUGUGCGUUGCUAGUCAGAAAAAGAAUAGUAUUUAAUACCGCCUUGUUAUGUAUUCGGAUUUUUGUCCCUGGUCACUGCUUCUGCUUUUAUUUUCUCGUGUGUGUGUUUUUUUUAAUAUACUUUUUGUUCAAUUUUGCUUUGUUUGUUCUUGUGAUGGUCAAAUAAUUAAUAAUAAUACCCUCCUAUUUCCAAAUGUUGAAAUUUUACUCUACUGUCUUUGGAAAUUAGGGACGAAAAGAUGUACAAUGAAACGAAUGCUGGAUUGAAAGAAGUAAAAAAAAUUUCUCACAUCUCUAGUAAGGUGGCAAUACAAUGUUGGUCCCUUUGGGAAUUUCCCAUGCAUAUUGCUAUUCGCAAAAAGUGUGUGCUUUAGAAAAGGUGGCGCUGGGUGUGUACAUAAUGUGUGCCUAUAUGUUUGUGAUCCCUUGCAUAUUUAUUUAAUCUUUGCCACAUAAUUAUACAAUUUCAGAAAGACUUUGCCACGAUAACUCUUAUUUUAUUAUUCGCUGAGGAUUAUAAAUAUUUAAGUAAAGCACAUUUGUUGUCAUUGCCAGCUCGUGUUAAAAAAAUAUACUGUGACAUGACUGUUAACUGAAUAAACAUUUGGAAAAAU